AUGCCAAAAUUCGAAUAAAAUGCUUUUAUUGAAUUUGAAGAUAUAAUGGAAAUAGUUAUCCAUGAAAUAACUCAUAUAUUAGGUUUUAGCGAUUAUGAUAUACCUUAAUGGAUACUUCCUAAGGAAACUACUCAUGCUUUUGUUAAAAAAUAAAUAAAGGGAGUUGAUACUUUAUUUCUCAAAACUCCUAAUGUUUUGAGGUAUGCUCGAGAAUAUUUUAAUUGUCCUAUCUUAGAAGGUAUGCCUCUUUAAGGCGAAAAUUCUAAAAAUUCUCAUUGGCCAAACACAAUUCUCCAAAACGAAUAUAUGAAUACAUCCGUAUCAUUUACUUAGGCCUAUUUUAGUAGUUUUACAGCCAAUCUUUUAAGAGACACAGGUUACUAUGCUGAAAUAAAUGCAUCUAUGGAAGAAUAAAUGUUUUAUGGAAAAGGAAAAGGCUGUGAAUACGUUAUGCAUAAAUGUGAUACUGCUUUUAGAGAAUAUUGUAAUCCUUAAACCGAUGUUGGAUUAUGUGAUUUUUACCACCAUGGAUUUUCUAAUUGUAAAACUGGUUUAUAUAAUAUGUCUAAUUGCAAUAAUUUAUUUACCUACGAUAAUGGAAAAUGCUGGGAUGUUAACAGUGAAUAUAACACAGAAACUUUUAGAAAAUAAAAUGGAACUAAAUAUGGGACUGAUUCGAGAUGUUUUAACGGAAACUUAUUGAGUAAAAAAUACAAAAAAAAUGAAAAAAUUCAGGGUAAUUGUUAUUAAUAUGAAUGUAAUCCUAAUGGAUAAUAAGUCACUAUAUAGGUAGAUUAAGUAAAACUCAUUUGUACAAAAAAUUCAGAAUAAAAAACAGUAGAUAGUUAUCAUGGAUAUAUUUAAUGCCCAUAAAAUAUACAAGAAUUUUGUGGGUUUAAAAAAAUAUGUCCAAAUUUCUGUAGCGCAAAUGGAAUUUGCUUAAAAAAUUAAUGUAUUUGUGUUGAAGGAUUUAUUGGAAAAGAUUGUUCUAGUGUAAAAACUAAAUGA